CUGAGCCUGGGGACGUUGCGAUGCAGGGCGCCCCCUCGCGCUGCUCCGCGCGCCUCGGGGCUGGCGGGUGAAGCGCCGGCCGCGGCAGGUCCUCGCCAACCCCCUCCUCCUUUUCGCUCCCGCUCCCUCCUUCUCUCCCUUCGCUCCCAACUCCUCCCCCACAGCCUCUCCCCCCGCUCCUUCAGCUCCCUCGGUCUCCUCCUCCCCGCUCUCACCCGCGCUCCGGGUCGGGAGCUAGUUGGAGCGCGGGGACUGCUGCCAGAGCCCAGCUCCGCGGAGCCGGGCGGGUCGGCCGCGCGUCCAGCGGCUGCGGGAGCAGCCGGAGCGCAGCGGGCGCGGGCCUGGGUCCGGACUGCACGGGGAGCACCGAACCCAGAGCCGGGGCCGUUCCGGCGCCGCCGCCCCAUUCCCAGACGGGCCGCCAGCCUUCCUGGUUCGCCUCCGCCGCUUCGUGCCACCGGGAGCCGGGAGCCGCAGAGAGCCGGGCACCUGUGCUCGCAGCCCGGAGAUCUUCCCCACCUGCUUCCGGGAGCUAGGACUGCGGAGGGGCCCACCAUGGUGUUCCCGGGACCCCUGGCUAUUACCCUGUUGCCGCCUAGCCUCACACUGCUGGUGUUCCACCUGUCCAGCUCCCAGGAUGUCGCCCCUGAGCCCAGCAGUGAGCCGCAGCUCUGCAGCCUGAGGGAACACCCCACUGUGGCCUUUGCAGAUCUGAAGCCGUGGGUCUUUAACUUCACCUACCCUGGAGCCCGGGAUUUCUCCCAGCUUGCCCUGGAUCCCUCCAGGAACCAGCUCAUCGUGGGAGCCAGGAACUACCUCUUCAGACUCAGCCUUGCCAAUGUUUCUCUCCUUCAGGCCACAGAGUGGGCCUCCAACGAGGACACGCGCCGCUCCUGCCAAAGCAAAGGGAAGACCGAGGAGGAGUGUCAGAACUACCUGCGAGUCCUGAUUGUCACUGGCCGGAAAGUGUUCAUGUGCGGGACCAAUGCCUUUUCCCCCGUGUGCUCCAGCAGACAGGUGGGGAACCUCAGCCGGACCAUAGAGAAGAUCAAUGGUGUGGCCCGCUGCCCCUACGAUCCGCGCCACAACUCCACCGCUGUCAUCUCCUCUCAGGGGGAGCUCUAUGCGGCCACCGUCAUUGACUUCUCAGGUCGGGACCCCGCCAUCUACCGCAGCCUGGGCAGCAGGCCACCACUUCGCACGGCCCAGUAUAAUUCCAAGUGGCUCAAUGAGCCAAACUUCGUGGCAGCCUAUGAUAUAGGGCUGUUUGCAUACUUUUUCCUGCGGGAAAACGCGGUGGAGCACGAUUGUGGACGCACUGUGUACUCCCGGGUGGCCCGAGUGUGCAAGAACGACGUGGGGGGCCGCUUCCUGCUGGAGGACACGUGGACCACGUUCAUGAAGGCCCGGCUCAACUGCUCCCGCCCAGGCGAGGUCCCCUUCUAUUACAACGAGCUGCAGAGUGCCUUCCACCUUCCUGAGCAGGACCUUAUCUAUGGGGUCUUCACCACCAACGUAAACAGCAUUGCGGCUUCUGCUGUCUGCGCCUUCAACCUCAGCGCCAUCUCCCAGGCUUUUAAUGGCCCAUUUCGCUACCAGGAGAACCCCAGGGCUGCCUGGCUCCCCAUCGCUAACCCCAUCCCCAACUUCCAGUGCGGCACCUUGCCAGAGGUGGGCCCCAACGAGAACCUGACGGAGCGCAGUCUGCAGGACGCGCAGCGCCUGUUCCUGAUGAGCGAGGCUGUGCAGCCAGUGACCCCCGAGCCCUGUGUCACCCAGGACAGCGUGCGCUUCUCACACCUCGUGGUGGACCUGGUGCAGGCUAAGGACACGCUCUACCACGUGCUCUACAUCGGCACCGAGUCGGGCACCAUCCUGAAGGCCCUGUCCACCGCGAGCCGCAGCCUCCGUGGCUGCUACCUGGAAGAGCUGCACGUCCUUCCUCCGGGGCGCCGCGAGCCCCUGCGCAGCCUGCGCAUCCUGCACAGCGCACGCGCGCUCUUCGUGGGGCUGAGCGACGGCGUGCUGCGGGUCCCCCUGGAGAGGUGCGCCACCUACCGCAGCCAGGGGGCGUGCCUGGGGGCACGGGACCCAUACUGCGGCUGGGACGGGAAGCAGCAACGGUGCAGCACACUUGAGGACAGCUCCAACAUGAGCCUCUGGACCCAGAACAUAACAGCGUGUCCUGUUCGAAACGUGACUCGGGAUGGGGGCUUCGGCCAGUGGUCACCAUGGCAACCAUGCGAGCACUUGGAUGGGGACAAUUCAGGCUCUUGCCUUUGUCGGGCUCGAGCCUGUGACUCCCCCCGACCCCGCUGUGGGGGACGAGACUGCCUGGGGCCAGCCAUCCACAUUGCCAAUUGUUCCAGGAAUGGGGCGUGGACCCCGUGGUCCUCGUGGGCCCUAUGCAGCACGUCCUGUGGGAUCGGAUUCCAGGUCCGCCAGCGAAGUUGCAGCAACCCCGCGCCCCGCCACGGCGGCCGCAUCUGCGUGGGCAAGAGCCGGGAGGAGCGGUUCUGUAACGAAAACACGCCUUGCCCGGUGCCCAUCUUCUGGGCGUCAUGGGGCUCCUGGAACAAGUGCAGCAGCAACUGUGGGGGCGGCGUGCAAUCGCGGCGGCGGUCCUGUGAGAACGGCAACUCCUGCCCUGGCUGUGGUGUGGUGAGGCCCUGCCGAGGACCUGCCCCCAAGGAAGGGUGGGGGGAGGCGGGGCCGCAGGGCAGGCCUGGGGCUGCAGGUCCACCAGACAGCACCCGGUCCCAUCCCAAGGAAUUCAAGACGUGCAAUCCGGAGGGCUGCCCAGAAGUGAGGCGCAACACGCCGUGGACACCGUGGCUGCCGGUGAACGUGACUCAGGGUGGGGCGCGGCAGGAGCAGCGUUUCCGCUUCACGUGCCGCGCGCCCCUGCCCGACCCCCACGGCCUGCAGUUUGGCAGGAGGAGGACAGAGACCAGAACCUGCCCAGCGGACGGCUCGGGAGCCUGCGACACCGACGCCCUGGUGGAGGAUCUCCUGCGCAGCGGGGGCACCUCCCCGCACUCGGUGAGUGGUGGCUGGGCCGCGUGGGGCCCGUGGUCGUCCUGCUCCCGGGACUGCGAGCUGGGCUUCCGCGUCCGCAAGAGAACGUGCACGAACCCGGAGCCCCGCAAUGGAGGCCUGCCGUGUGUAGGCGACGCAGCCGAGUACCAGGACUGUAACCCCCAGGCUUGUCCAGUGCGUGGUGCCUGGUCCUGCUGGACCUCGUGGUCCCCAUGCUCAGCUUCCUGUGGUGGAGGCCACUAUCAACGCACAAGGUCCUGCACCAGUCCCGCGCCCUCCCCAGGAGAGGACAUCUGUCUUGGUCUGCACACAGAGGAGGCACUGUGUGCGACACAGGCUUGCCCAGAAGGCUGGUCCCCGUGGUCUGAGUGGAGCGCGUGCACUGAGGAUGGAGCCCAGAGCCGCAGUCGGCACUGUGAAGAGCUGGUCCCAGGGCCCAGCACCUGUGCCGGAAACAGCAGCCAGAGCCGUCCCUGCCCCUACAGCGAGAUUCCUGUGAUCCUGCCUGCCUCCAGCACGGAGGAGUCCGCCGGCUGUGGAGGGUUCAGUCUCAUCCACCUGGUAGCCACAGGUGUCUCCUGCUUCCUGGGCUCCGGGCUGCUGACCUUGGCAGUGUACCUGUCCUGCCAGCACUGCCAACGUCAGUCCCAGGAAUCCACACUCGUCCACCCCGCCACCCCCAACCACCUGCACUACAAGGGUGGGGGCACCCCCAAGAAUGAGAAGUACACGCCCAUGGAGUUCAAGACCCUGAACAAGAAUAACCUGAUCCCCGAUGACAGAGCCAAUUUCUACCCAUUGCAGCAGACCAAUGUGUACACAACCACCUACUAUCCCAGCCCGCUGAACAAACACAGCUUCCGGCCCGAGGCCUCGCCUGGACAACGGUGCUUCCCCAACAGCUGAUAACACUGUUCUGGGGACCUGGGCUCCUUGCCUUCUUGAGACACAGAGCAGAUGGAAAUGGGACGGCGGAGCCAGUUUGGUUUUCUCCUUCUGCACUAGGCCAAGAACUUGCUGCCUUGCCUUCGGGGGUCCCAUCCAACUUCAAAGAGCUCUGGCUGGCGGUGACCAUGGGGGAGAGGGCUGGCACAUGGCUGCACUUCCAGCUCAGCCCAGGUCUCUCAUGGCCUCCUUGUGACCCACUACCGUGCUGAUCUCCCCUGCCGUGUGUGGGCUGUGGACCUACUGGGCAUGAGAGGAGCUGGAGAGUGGAGAUGGCAGGACAGCAGACUUUUAGGUUUGGGCUGGAAAUGAGGCUCACAUGGCCCCCAUGGGCCGAAGCUGUCCCUCUCUGGCUGGCCCCAGGAAGGGCCAGCCUCCACCCUAAUUAUCUCUGAGAGGAACUAAGCAAAUGGUCCUAGAAGCUGCGGAUUCUCUGCCCAGGGCUGGGCCACUGUGGUGCUGCCCCUGUGUGACCUGGCGACCAAGGCUGGCCCAGGUUGUCCACUUUUGCCUAGCAGUCUGUGCUUUGCCCAGGAGACAUCCCUCCUCUGGUCAGAGGCAGUGAGGGCUGGGGACUGAAGAUCGAUCUUUGCUAAGAAGCCCUUUAAUCUGGGCUGGCGCAGGCCUCAGCUUUGCCCUCAGAAUGCAGGGAUUGUGGUCCAAGAGAAAGGGAGGCAGGAGUCCACCCUCCGUGCCACUAUGGAGACUGUCUUCGAUUGUUGUUCGGUAGAGCUGUUGGCUGAGACCUGCUUGGGAGUCUCUGCUGGCCCUUCGUCUGUUCAGGAACACACACACACACACACACACAUAUGCACACACUUUCUCACACACACACGUAUAUACACACUCAACAUGCUACAGCAACAAGAAGGAUGUUGGACUGAGGCAUUAUUAAUUAAAGAUGAUAUCCAGUCUCCAAAUAGAAUUCUGUCUUUGUGCCUAUGUGUGUGGGCUCCUCUCAGCGCGGGCUCGUCAAGCCGAGCAGUGCACUGGGGUAAUAGGUGGUCUUCUCAGGGCUCGGGGAGUGAUCCACAGAGAAUUUGACUUUCAUAGAGGGUAUCUUUCCAAAGUGACAAUAUGUACAUACACACUUGCUGCUCUAAACCCUUUUUGGGAAAGAGAUGAGGGACAAAUCCAUAAGUAGGAACACAAAGUCCACCAAAGGCAACACAACUGGAGAUUUUUCUGCCUGUUCCCUUAGUAGCUCUUCUGGACAACAGCUCCAGAAUGGAAAUGCAUGAGUGCAGCAACAGAGUAUUGAUGGGGGUUA